GGCUGCGGGGCUGUGGGGCGGCGGGGGCGGGGGCGGGGCGGCGCGGAGCAGGGCGCCAGCGAUGUCGCUGCCGCAGCCGCGGGAAGGUUUCGGCUUGGGUUCUGGGUCUGGCUCCGAGGGCGCGGAGAGCAGGGUGUCCCGGGGCGGGGUGGCUGCAGCGGGAGCGCACUGAGCGCCCGCCAGCCCGCCCGCCAUGUCCAGGAAAAAGACCCCCAAGAGCAAGGGGGGCAGCGCGCCCGCUACGUCGGCACUGCCCGCUGCCAGUGGGCCCCGGCCGGUGCGCCCCGGGACUGCGAGCCCUGGCUCCCAGGCACCGCCCAACGGGCGCCCGCAGCCCGGCCGGUCUUCACUUGGUGGAAGCGGCGACUUCUACGACGUCGCCUUCAAGGUCAUGCUGGUGGGGGACUCAGGAGUGGGGAAGACCUGCUUACUUGUGCGCUUCAAGGAUGGGGCUUUCCUGGCAGGGACCUUCAUCUCCACUGUGGGCAUUGACUUCCGGAACAAAGUUCUGGAUGUGGAUGGCAUGAAGGUGAAGCUGCAGAUCUGGGACACAGCUGGUCAGGAGAGGUUCCGCAGUGUCACCCACGCCUACUACCGCGAUGCUCAUGCACUGCUGCUGCUCUAUGAUGUCACCAACAAGGCCUCCUUUGACAGCAUCCAGGCCUGGCUGACAGAGAUCCAGGAGUAUGCCCAGCAUGAUGUGGUACUCAUGCUGCUGGGGAACAAGGCGGACUCUGCCCAGGAGCGUGCGGUGAAGAGGGAGGACGGGGAGAAGCUGGCCAAGGAAUACGGGCUACCGUUCAUGGAGACCAGCGCCAAGACGGGCCUCAAUGUGGACUUGGCCUUCACGGCUAUAGCAAAGGAGUUGAAGCAGCGCUGCACAAAGGCCCCCAGUGAGCCUUAUUUUCGGCUGCAUGACUAUGUGAAGAGGGAGGGCCGGGGGGCCUCCUGCUGCAGACCCUGAACCUGGCUGGGCACUGCCACCGGGGCGUUGUCCUGGAAGACUGGAGAGACUCUACACAUCCCUGACUUCGCCACCUGGCAGUCAGUCCCAGGAUGUCCAGGAAUCCCAGGCUGAGCCUUGCCCUUCCCUCGUCUCGGCAGCCAUCCAGAGCCUCGGUCCCAACAAGUGGGCUUCAGGAAGCCAGAGGGUCC